UAGGUUUGGGUGUGAGGUGUGGGUGUGGGUUUCCGUUUUGUCUUCAAUGACAGCCCACAUACACCCACAUCCCAUAUCCACAAUUCACACCCACACCCACGCCCACACACCCACCCACACCCCACACCUACACCCACACCCCACACCUACACCCACACCCCACACCUACACCCACACCCACAUCUACAUCCACACACCUACACUCACACCCACAUACACAUCCACACUCACAUUCACAUCCACGUAUACCCACCCACACUCACAUCCACACCGAGGCCUACACCACAAUCACAUCCACACCGAGACCUACACCUACACCUCACACCCAUUUCCGUAUCUAUAUCUCACAUCCACACUCACAGCCAUCCACAUGUAACCACACGCAACAGCCAUACCCAUACUCACAACGCGCGUGCCUGUGAAAAAGACAUGUCAUAAUGUGUCUAGCUAAUAUAAUUAGAAUGCAUAGCGUCUGUAAUCACAAUACAAAAAUCAUGGGACCAAUCAUUUUAUCCAUCGUCAUCAUUUUCAGCAUCAUCCAAACCCUCUGGAUACUCUUCGCCAUCCAUGUCAUCUUGAUCUUCUUCGCUGUCUUGAUCCUCUUGAUUCUCCUCGCUUUCCGGAUCCUCUUGAUUCUCCUCGCUUUCCGGGUCCUCUUGAUUCUCCUCGCUUUCCAGAUCCUCUUGAUUCUCCUCGCUUUCCUGAUCCUCUUGAUUCUCCUCGCUUUUCGGGUCCUCUUGGUUCUCCUCGCUUUCCGGAUCCUCUUGAUUCUCCUCGCUUUCCAGAUCCUCUUGAUUCUCCUCGCUCUUCGGAUCCUCUUGAUUUUCCUCGCUCUCUACAUCCUCUUGAUGCUCCUCGCUCUCAGGAUCCUCCUGGUCAUCAUCAUCGGCAGCAUCAUCUUGUUCAUCAUCACCUUCAGCAUCAGUCUGAUUGUUGUCACUGGCAGCAUCAGUCUGAUUGUUGUCACUGGCAGCAUCACUCUGAUUAG